GUCCCGCCGACUACGUUAUCGGUCCAGCAGUCAGUCGUUGUCCGUUCGGCCACUCGUCGUGUUGUCGUGUUCGUCGUCUCGUCGCGGUCUCGCCCGUUAAGUUAUCGACGUGUUUCGUAAUAAUUAAUAAUAUUAUUUUCGUUGUUAUUAUAAAUAACCUACACCACCUCUGCUGGUUCGUGACAUAAAAUUUAAUUUGUACAUUUUCCAAGAGUAUCAGUCGUAAAAAAUCGUGAUAAUAUCGUGUUGAGUUCGUGUUUCGGUUGUUGGACGCAGUGAAAUCGGAUUCUUGUAAAGUUUUGUCUUCGACGACCAGUGAUCACUUGCGAAAACCAUGACCGUUUCCUGCGGAUUGCUGGCUCGCGCAGCCGUCGCUCUGUCUCCGGUUCUGCUGCUUCUACUGCUGUUCCGCGGAACGACCGCGGCAGCGGUACAAGACUUGGUGUUUGCCGACGAGGACUUGAUGAAAGCUUCGCCACUCACGGUGGCCCAAUGCCGCGCCGGAUGUUUGCACAAGUUGGUGCCCAGAGACGUCGAAGCUACUGAAUGUGAGAAGAAAUCGGACUGCUGGAAGUGUUGGAAGUAUUGCGAAGUACUGCAGACUGAAGGCAAGAACAUGAAGAAUAUUUGCGAACACAACUGUGACGUGGGUUGUCAAGAAGCAUGUUCGUUCCACGACUGGCACGGUGGGUCACAACCCAGCCCCGUUGUGGAGGCUCGAGGAGAAAGAGCGCUGACCAUCGAGUCGGGCACGCUGCGUUGGCCACGGCCAGCCGAUUUGCAAGAACCAUCCUCACAACGUCUCGUUUACGUGAUCAUGCGGCGCCGAGACCCAGGAACCAGGCGCUCGUGGUCCCAAUUGGGCCAGACGCCAGGCUACAAGGCUCGCCUGCCCAAAACAACGGCGCCAUGGACAGUUCGCGUGCUCGCAGUUUCUGCGGAAGGUCUGGUGACCAUCUUCAGCCCGGCACCGGUCUCCUCCACGUCCGUUCUACGGGUUCCUGUUGAAUCCGUUGCCGCUAGAGGUGCGACAGACGACGCCUCACCACCACAAGAGCUUGCAGCCACUCCACCACCCACACUGUCUUCUCCGACGGCUACUGCCGUUUUACACGACCUUCGCGACGCCGACAUCAUCAUUAGGAGCCUUGGUCGCGACCAGAUACUCGGCAUUCGUUUACCGCUGGCCGCCAAGUCGGCCUCCCAAGAAGAGUCUCUCCGUCUAAUGGUGAGUAGAACUUGUAGUCAUAAUCUAUACAUUCGAUCUCUUUGCGUCCUGUUUCAGGUAUCUCUGCUAGGCGGAGCCGACGAGUCUGUGAAAAUGUCCACCAGCCCCACGCUACUGUUGGACACCAGGAGCGCUGUGCACUCGACUGCCGCCGCGGCGGAAGUCACGACAACAAUGGCGACAGCGGCAGCAGUGGCAGCGGCGGCGGAAGUGGCCGCUUCAGAUCGUUGGACCGACGACGGUGGUUCAGACGAAGACGAAGACGAUGACGCAGUGGCGGCGGUCGGCGUGGACACGGUGUCCGCGGUGGCCGGAGAGGAGGACGUGACGGCCGAGCUAUCCGCACCCGUGGCCGUAGCCGCCGGGCUUGGCCACGCCGAGUGGCAGCUGUUGGCCGCGGCCGGAGCCGGCGUGGCCGUGUUCCUGUUGCUGGCUCUGGUUCUGGCCUACCGCAGCACUGGUGGCGCGUCACCCACUCUUCACAAAGUGGUCCGACACGAAGACGCCGAAUGUCCGCCGUUGUUAGACUACGCGCCACGACCGUUGGAUUUUUCCAAAUAUUUGGGCCGUUGUCGGAGGUCCCACCAACUACUCGACGAGGAUGCCGCACCACAGCCAGAUCAGCCGACCAUUACGCACGUCCGGCAUUAAAAUAUAAUAAUUAAUAUUAUUUAGGUAUAAUAUAUUAUAUUAUAACAUUAUCGGGUGUCGCGUGUACAGUGUUUAUACGUUGCAACCGUCGUUGUACCUGCAAAACCGAUAUAUAUAUAUAUAUUUAUGAUAUAGGUGUUAUACCAUUUCGUUUCACUGGAGUCCUAACCAAUGUUUUUGUCCCUUUAAACUAUUUUGUUUUGUAUAAAUAUUUUGUUGUAUAUAUACAUAUAUAUAAAAUAUAUAAUAAUCUCGUUGUACAUUUUAUCCUAUAAUUACGCGGUGUACAUACGAUGACUAUAAUAAUAUUAUUUAUCAUCACGAGGCGUAAGUCUCAUACAAUUAUUAUAAUAAUAUAAUAAUAAGAAAUUGUAAAAAAAAAAAAAAAAUGAAAACAAAAAAGAAACUAUCAAAGUUAAAAUAAAUCAAAUUCGUGUGUUUUUAUUCAGUAUACGACGUCGUGUUGUACUGCAUGUUAUCUAGUCAUGUGAAUAUAAUAUAUAUUAUAAUAAUAUGUUACACAUUAAUAAAAAUAAGAAUUAUGUCAACUCACUAUUGAAUGACUUCGCGAUAAAUAAUAAUAAAAUAAUGAUAAUUAUUUUAUAUUGGGAGUCAUAUUUAAUAUGUUUGGAUAUAAUUUUACGUUUUCAAUUAUCUAUUCCUAAAACGAAAGAUAAAUGAAUAAUUUCACCUGAAAUUGUAAGAAUAUUGUGUAUUUUUUUUUUAUUAUUAUUUUUUUAUUUUGCUCUUAUAGUUAUAUAUAUUAUUAUAUGUGC